AUGACACUUUGGCGCAGCGUACAAGCUGGAACACAUUGCCAUGAUUUCGUCUCUGUGUCGAGGAAACUCAGCGACCAAGAAACCACGGCAAACCAACCCCCCGUUUCAUACCUGAGAUCUCAUGAAAGGAUCCUCCUAUUGUGCGAAGAUAUGAAAGAUGACGAGUCUUUGUUGGUUGCUUAUAACAUAUCAUUUUACCUGUACGUUGCUGGUCAUAAACGCCAUACCCCUAUUGAGAAAAUGAAACCGCGAUGCGGAACAAUAUCAGGCAUGAUAUUCGAGCUAUCCUUUGGGUUGCUGAUUGUAUCCUCGUGUCCCAGACUUUUGCACGAUUCGAUGUUUUGUUAUGCACCUGCUGCCCUCUUGCAGUGGAAGGAUGAAGUUCAUUCUACUCCCGUCGCCUAUACCAUGGCAUUGGGUACCCCGCCGCGUCUGCCUGCGAAGCCGUCAGCGCCCACGACAUGCUGCGUCAUUACCAUCCCUCUUCCCUUGCCUGAAAUAAGAAGCAUCCGGUACAUCAUCCAACGUCAAAUUAUUCAAGCCAAACAGAUGUCGGCCGAGAAAGAGAGAGGCAAUAUCUUGUCCGAUUCCGCGAAGACAUUGGUCUAG